AUGGACCCUCCGUUCCCCAAGAACCCAGAGGAGUUCGACGGGGACGACCGCAUCUCCUUCUCCAAGCUCGACGGCAAGUUCAUCGCCGUGCACGACGACGGCACCGAGUUCGAGUUCGACCCGGAGCUCAAGGAGUGGAUCCCGACGGGGGAUGACGACGACGAGGAGCCCCUCGAAGCUGAGGACUACGGCGGAGUGACGGCCCCUGCGGCGGCCGCGGCGCACAGCAACGGAGGGGGCGCGCAGAAGCGAAAGAUGGACACGGCGGAGGAAGCAUCCGAGGGAACGGCGAGGUCGAGGAGCGCACCUCCGGCCAAGAAGAGCAAGAACAAACUGCCCCCUAAGAACACGGCCGUGUACGUGACGGGCCUCCCGCUCGACGCGACCGUCACCGAGAUCCACGACCUCUUCUCGCGGAAGUGCGGCAUCAUCGCCGAGGAAAUCGACAGCGGCGCCCCGCGAAUCAAGCUGUACACGGACGACGCCGGGCAAUUCAAGGGCGACGCGCUCGUCGUCUUCUUCAAGCCGCCGAGCGUCCAAAUGGCCCUCACGCUGCUCGACGACUCCGACUUCCGCGUCCUGCCCAGCGGCAAGGGCGAGGGCCGCAUCCGCGUGCAGGAGGCCGACUCGAGCUACAAAAAGGUAAAAUACAACCCGGAGAGCGGCACCUCGACGCCUGCCAGCCAGCCCAGCGCCAAGCGGCCCCCGCAGAGCGACCGGCAAAAGGUCAUCAAGAAGACGCAGAAGCUCGACGCCAAGCUCGCCGACUGGAGCGACGAGGAGGACGAGAGGUUCACGGCGCCGGCGGAGGUGGUCCCGUCCAAGGGGCACAAGAAGGUGAUACUUCGCCAGAUGUUCCGCAUCUUCGAGCUGGAGGAGGACCCGGCCAACGUCCUGGAGAUCAAGGAGGACGUUCGCGAUGAGUGCUCCAAGCUAGGGACCGUCACCAGCGUGGUGCUCUACGACCAGGAGCCAGAGGGCAUCGUCACCGUGAAGUUUAAGGAACCCGAGGCGGCCCUGCGCUGCAUCGAGCUCAUGGACGGACGAAACUUUGCCGGGCGCAUCGUCGUGGCGGAGAUUGCGACGGGCAAGGAGAAGUUCAGAAAGAGUGACGGCGGAAAGGAUGAUGACGACUCGGACUAG